CUCCAGCUACCACCCUCAAACGCCUGGGAAACGCUCCUCUAAUGCAGCCGCCGCCGCCGCCCCUUCCCUCGCUUCUCCCAUUCAGGCGGCUGCGCUGCCACCCCGCCCAAGCCUCCUCGCCGCCGUCGCCGGGCCCCGCGGGCAGCGAUUGGCGAAGCCGCUUGACAACCACGCAGCCGGCCCGACGCCUCUCGGCUCUUUAGGGAAGCCGAGGCAAAAGGAAAAGCCGCCGGCACGGGCCCGCAAGCCUCUUCUUCUUCGUCCUCCUCCUCCUCCUCAUCCCUUGGGAAGCCCCCGCCGCCAUUUUGUGCGCCUCCCUCCCUCAGCCCGGUUUUUUCCCCUCAGAAUCCCCUCAGAAUCGGCGGCCUCGGGAAAACGGCCCGCCUUGUAGCCUACACAAUGACAGCUGAAGAGACAGUGAACGUAAAAGAAGCUGAAAUAGUCAAACUAAUACUGGAUUUUUUGAACUCAAGAAAGCUUCAUAUAAGUAUGUUGGCUCUAGAGAAAGAAAGUGGUGUAAUUAAUGGACUAUUCUCAGAUGAUAUGCUUUUCUUAAGACAGUUGAUUCUUGACGGCCAGUGGGAUGAGGUUCUUCAGUUCAUCCAGCCACUAGAGUGCAUGGAUAAAUUUGACAAGAAGAGAUUUCGUUACAUCAUACUGAAGCAGAAAUUUUUAGAAGCCUUAUGUGUAAAUAAUGCAAUGUCUUCAGAGGAUGAGCCUCAUCACUUGGAAUUUACAAUGCAGGAAGCUGUGCAGUGCCUACAUGCUCUAGAAGAAUAUUGUCCUUGUAAAGAGGAUUAUAGCAAACUGUGUUUACUACUCACAUUGCCUCGCCUGACUAACCAUGCAGAAUUCAAGGACUGGAACCCCAGCACCGCACGAGUUCACUGUUUUGAAGAGGCUUGUAUCAUGGUGGCAGAGUUUAUUCCUGCUGAUAGAAAACUAAGUGAGGCUGGAUUUAAAGCAAGCAAUAAUCGCUUAUUUCAGCUUCUGAUGAAGGGGUUGUUAUAUGAAUGUUGUGUUGAGUUCUGUCAGAGUAAAGCAACGGGAGAGGAAAUUACAGAGAGUGAAGUGUUACUCGGAAUUGACCUUUUAUGCGGGAAUGGAUGUGAUGAUUUGGACCUUAGUUUGCUAUCGUGGCUUCAGAAUCUUCCCUCUACGGUUUUCUCUUGUGCGUUUGAACAAAAAAUGCUUAACAUUCACGUCGACAAACUUUUAAAGCCUACAAAAGCUGCCUACGCUGAUCUUUUGACACCCCUCAUCAGCAAACUUUCUCCUUAUCCGUCCUCACCCAUGAGGCGGCCCCAAUCCGCUGAUGCUUACAUGACCCGUUCCUUAAAUCCUGCAUUGGAUGGACUCUCCUGUGGGUUAACAGGUCAUGAUAAACGUAUCACAGAUCUUGGGACAAAAACAUCUUCUAUGUCUCACUCCUUUGCUAACUUCCAUUAUCCAGGAGUACAGAACCUUACUCGUAGUUUAAUGUUGGAAACUACAGAUUGCCACAGCAUUUGUGAAGAAUCACCUGAACGAUGUGAAACUCCUGUGGAUUCCCAUAACUCAUCUGGCAAUGAGACGGCACACCAGAAUUCAUUCCCAGAAAAAGAGCCAGCAAAUGGAACACAGAAUCACGGACUAACCAAGCAAGAAAAAAAUGAGCUUCGAGAUUCAGCAGAGCAGUUUCAAGAAUAUUACAGACAGCGGUUACGCUAUCAACAGCACUUAGAGCAAAAGGAACAACAACGGCAAUUGUAUCAACAAAUGUUACUAGAAGGAGGAGUUAAUCAGGAAGAUGGUUCAGAUGCACAACAGAAUCUUACAGAACAGUUUCUUAAUAGGUCUAUCCAAAAGUUGGGUGAAUUAAACAUGGGCAUGGAUAGUCUGGGAAACGACGUGCAAACCCUCAACCAACAUUGCAAUGGGACCAAGGGAAAUGUAUCCAUUCCUCCAGAUUCUAUUCAGACAAUAGCUGGUGAUAAUACAAACAUUAACACAAGCACACCUCAGAAAUUUGGCUCCAGUAAUGAGAUACCAUCUCUUGAAGAAUCACCUGUCCAUGGAAAUCAGAUUGUGCCAGACCAAGCUGCCAUUCAGGCACAACAUGAAGAUUCUUCGGGGAUUGUAAGAAAACCAAGAAGUGAUGAGCAGGAUGACAAAUCAAAGAAACAGUUCAUUUGUAUCAAUACUCUAGAAGAUACACAAGCUGUCAGAGCUGUGGCCUUCCAUCCAAGUGGCACCCUGUACGCGGUUGGCUCUAAUUCCAAAACCCUGAGAGUCUGUGGCUACCCAGAGCUCCCGGACUCAAGCUCCUCCACUGGUGUUCCUCAAAAACUCGUAUUUGACUUAGGCAGAUCUGCGCUCUCUUCUUCUUCUGUAAAGAUCACAACAAAUGGUAAUGGCACUCCUAAACAACCCGCCGUUCGUUUCAAGCGAAACAAACAUCACAAGGGAUCGAUCUAUUGUGUAGCAUGGAGCCCCUGUGGACAAUUGCUAGCUACCGGUUCCAAUGACAAAUAUGUUAAAGUCCUGCCUUUCAAUGCAGAUACCUGUAAUGCCACUGGGCCAGAUCUGGAAUUUAGCAUGCAUGAUGGAACUAUUAGAGAUCUAGCCUUUAUGGAAGGUCCUGAAAGUGGCGGUGCCAUUUUAAUAAGUGCUGGAGCUGGCGACUGUAAUAUUUAUACCACAGACUGCCAGCGAGGGCAAGGUCUCCAUGCGCUGAGUGGCCACACUGGUCACAUUUUAGCACUUUAUACGUGGAGUGGAUGGAUGAUAGCAUCUGGAUCCCAAGACAAGACUGUGAGAUUCUGGGAUCUCAGAGUACCAAGUUGUGUUCGAGUUGUUGGAACAACUUUUCACGGAACUGGUAUGUUUACUGAUAUUGACCUAAAAACACACAUUGGUGAUAGCUGUUCAAAAGUUUUAUUGUACAGAAGAUGGAGAUUGUCACGGUAA